AUGCGUGAAAUAAUCGACCCAGCUAUCCAGGGGAUUGUCGAGCUCGUCCUUGACAACAUCACAGAGCGCGUGGAAAACGAAGAGUCACGGAUUAUUCAGACGGUCUGUCUGGUUGGCGGAUUCAGCCAGUUACCAUACCUGAGGAACAGGCUGGCCGACGCGUUAAAAAACCUCAUGGUAGAGACUUGGUCUCUUCCUCAGCGAGGGAAGGGCCUUGACAGUAUUUCACUGUCCGAUAUCCGCCAUCUACCCCGCUGGCUUAUACGCAGGGGCCACAAGCUCAAGGAGGGAGACGAGCAGGUUGUUCGCCUGGUCAUCCUUCAUAGGGAAAGCGCCGCUCGCCUCGGCCUGAUAUGCUUUUUCGCGGACAACCGCGCAGGGGGCCCGCCGGACAAGAUCGAUCUAUCGAUCCGACGGAUUCAUGUGAUCAAGAUCAAGUUGGAUGACCUUAUGCUCCGACGGGCUGCAUGGUCCCUUGUCGACGGUAUAAAAACCUACUUUGUGCGGGCUGACGUUUACUGGAGCGUGGUGAGGACAUCGCAUACCUCUCGAGUGGUCAAACUCCGCAUCAUAGUAAACCAGGAUGUGGUUGGCGAGGAUACAGUUGGCAUCGCGACUUGA